AAUAAAAUUUUGAUUUCCCAAUCGAUUGUCCAUAUUAAAGUUCUGUUAAUUUGAUCGAUACCACUUAUAAUUUGUAUCAUAAAAAGAACUUAUAACAAAGAUAAAUUUAUACCAAAAUUCGAACCCUAAUCCAAAAUCGGAAUUUGGAGGACAGCAAAAAACCCGUUCUUCUUUGCUGUAAAGCUCAGAGAAGUUGCCUCCGCCGAUUUGCACAGAGAAUUCAUCCGCCAAAUUGACAGCCGUUCAAUUUUGCCGGUAAAUUUGGGGGAAAGAAAAGGAGCUGUUUAUCCUUGUAGAUAGAUCAAUUAUAGAGAUAUGCAAGACCAGAGAGGACUUGAGGAAGCUUCAGCUCCUAAAAUGCGGAAAAAGAAAACAUCACAACCAAAGGCUACAGUGUUGCAAAAAGAAGGGAAUAAGGCAAAAAGGAUACAAGAUGUGCAUGCAAUGCCAAUUCAAAAUGGGUUAAAACACACCAAAAGAGUCCCACCAAACGAAGUUUCCCCAUUAUUCCAACAUGCUGAGAAAUCAACACCUGAAUUCUCGCCAGAUACUUCCACUUCUGGAAAAGAAUAUCGGGCAUUAAGGAGAAAGUAUCUAUUGCUGGAAGAAGAAAGUUUUGGUCUUAAUAAAGAAUUGAGAGAAACCGAUGAUGAGAUCAAGGCCCUUGAAGACGAGAAGCUAACACUCCUUGAUGAUCUUGUUGUGUUAGAAGGCCUGGUUGAUCCUUCAGAUAUUCAAUCCCAAGGCCAGCGAUUAUGAUGUUCUAUUUAAAAUGUGUUUUUUGGGUAAACUGGGGAUAUAUAUAUACAGAAUUGUGUACAACAAAUCCAACUUCUGUUAGCGUAAAGUUGAGAUUGUAACGAUGCAUUAUAUAACAUCGACUGAUUGUUUAUUGCACAA